AUGACGAAGCAAUGCAAGGUCCACGGGUUUUCUCCCUUCCACGUCAAGAAGCCCUCGAUGGGGUAUAUCUACAACAGGAUAUGGGCAGCUAUUAAGAGAGAAGCCCUUCUUACGGCAGCAGAAGGCGUUGCAACUCCUGAGGAAAUCGACGGUAUCUUCAAAGGAGUUCUGAAGACGCCCAAAGGACCAUUUGAACAGAUGGAUCUGGUAGGCUUAGACGUUGUCAUGGAUAUAGAACAGCAUUAUGCUGAUGAGAGGGGGAAUAUCCCGAGUGAGCCCCGAGAAUAUCUGCAGAAAUUCCUAGAUGAAGGCAACUUGGGUAUCAAGAGUGGACGAGGCUUUUACGAUUAUAGUAAAAGGUAA